GCCUCAAAAGAGCUGGAGUGCUUCUCCUUGGAGAAUUGUGGUGUCUGGGGAUUGGCAGUAAAGGGCUUAACGCUGGCCUCUGGGUUACAGAGGCCCCUCCAUGAAGAGAAGGGGUGGACCAGGGGCUGGUGGCCUGGAUGGAGAUGAAAGACUUUGAACACAGUGUCUCCGCCCUACGUCAGGGCUGGAAGCUAUUUCCUCCUUCAGCUCACUCCCCUCCUGCUACUCGCCUGGUGCUCAGUCCUGCUGCUUUCAGAAGCUGCCAGCCUCCCUGGCUCAACCCUGUGCUCGCUGUGCUCGCUGUGCUCCUGUGCUUGCUGUGUGGCUCGAGGAAGGGCCAGCUCUCCUCAUCUCAACCAAUCAGCACAUCCAAGCAGUCAUUUCUGAGGCUGACUACUGCUCUCUGAGGAGGAACUGCAGCGAGUAGCCCUACAAACUAGAGACUGUUGGGCUCAGGAGACUACACUUGGCUUGCCCAAAACUGGACUACUCCCUUCCUUGUCUUGCUCAUCCUCACAGAUUCCUAGUGUCCACCCUACUACCAGGCAAUACUGGCAACUCUGAGAUAGGUUCAUCUCUUGCCCAAGCUGCAGGCUUCUGGUUCCUGGGUGCCAGGCUCAGCCCUCCUUUCUUCCACCUUGCCAUGGCCAACGUCACGCUGAAGCAGCUCUGCCCACUCUUGGAGGAGAUGGUCCAGCUUCCAAACCACAGCAACUCCAGCCUCCGCUAUAUUGACCACGUAUCGGUGCUGCUGCACGGGUUGGCCUCGCUGCUGGGCCUGGUGGAAAACGGACUCAUCCUGUUUGUGGUGGGCUGUCGCAUGCGCCAGACGGUGGUCACCACCUGGGUGCUACACCUGGCGCUGUCCGACUUGUUAGCCGCCGCCUCCCUGCCUUUCUUUACCUACUUUCUGGCAGUGGGCCACUCGUGGGAGCUGGGUACCACCUUCUGCAAGAUACAUUCCUCGGUCUUCUUUCUCAACAUGUUUGCCAGUGGCUUCCUGCUCAGCGCCAUCAGCCUGGAUCGCUGCCUGCAGGUGGUGAGGCCAGUGUGGGCACAGAACCACCGCACGGUGGCGGUCGCGCACAGAGUCUGCCUGAUGCUCUGGGCUCUGGCGGUGCUCAACACAAUACCCUAUUUUGUGUUCAGAGACACCAUCCCGCGGCUAGAUGGCCGCAUCAUGUGCUAUUACAACAUGCUGCUUUUAAAUCCAGGGCCUGAUCGCGACACCACGUGCGACUACCGCCAGAAGGCCCUAGCGGUCAGCAAGUUCCUGCUGGCCUUCAUGGUGCCUCUGGCCAUCAUCGCCUUGAGCCACGUGGCCGUGAGCCUGCGACUGUACCAUCGUGGUCGCCAGAGGACAGGCCGCUUCGUUCGCCUGGUAGUGGCCAUCGUGGUGGCCUUCGUGCUCUGCUGGGGGCCCUACCACAUCUUCAGUCUGCUGGAGGCGCGUGCCCAUUCUGUCACCACGCUACGGCAGCUCGCGUCACGUGGGCUGCCCUUUGUCACCAGCCUGGCCUUCUUCAACAGCGUGGUCAACCCACUACUCUACGUACUCACUUGCCCCGAUAUGCUGCACAAGCUGCGGCGCUCGCUACGUGAAGUGCUUGAAAGCGUGCUGUUGGAGGACAGCGACCUGAGUGGUGGGUCCAGCAACCGCCUCCGCCGCCGCCGCGCCUCCUCCACCGCCAGCCCAGCUUCUACCCUCCUACUUCCCCAACUGCGUCCUGCACGCUUGAUCCGCUGGGUGAGGCGGGGCAGUGCAGAGGUCCCACAGAGGGUCUGAGAGCAGUCCCAGGAGAAGUAGGGCUCAUUAAGCUGUACUUUGGAUUAGACCGGCACAGCAUACCAACACAUCCCAGGCCUCUCCAAUACCCAGUUGAAAAUGUACAUAGCCAAUGCCAGGCCUGGGUUGUAGCUUCCUGGGUAGGGUCCAGGAAAUCAACCUGUGAAAGUGGAGCAAGGUGAAUUUAGUCCUUCCUAAACACUUUAAUCUUGCAGCGUGGAGCUGGGAGAGCAGCAGGAUGCAAAAGCAGCCAUUAGAAGUUACCUGGUUCCUGACUGCUGUCCUCCAGGCUUCUGCACAUUUAAGAACAAAAGUACUUAAUUGUCUAGGGAUCUUGCUAGGGUAACUGAUAAGGAUUGGGUAACAUUUUGUACUUCUAUUACCUUCCUGGCAGCUGGCCCAAGGCAAUUGGGAAUAAGGCUGGUGAAGCUCACAGCCUGCAUCUCAUAAGGCCCUACUUUGUAAAUGGGACAAAGGGAUAGAUGCCAAUUGGCAAUAUUGUUUAUGGGUGCAGGGGGAGGAGGAGUUGAGAAGCAGUUUCCAGCCAACUGCCUUUUUUUUUUGUUUUUGUUUUUUUUCAAGACAGGGUUUCUCUGUGUAGUCCUGGCUGUCCUGGAACUCACUCUGUAGACCAGGCUGGCCUCGAACUCAGAAAUCCUCCUGCCUCUGCCUCCCAAGUGCUGGGAUUAAAGGCGUGCACCACCACCGCCCGGUUUCACUUUUAAUCCCCCAUUUGGCCUGAGACAUGUGCUUUAGCCACACAGCUACUCAGCUUAUUAGUAUGUUGGUGUGUCAACUCCCACUCAGGAUCUUCACUGCCCAGGCUGCACUCUGGCCUUCAGCAGCACUGGACCAAUUCUAUUCAGAGAACAACCUACCCUUGUUAGCUGUCUCUCAGGGAAAGGCCUGGCAGCCAUCACUUCCAACCUACAGGUAGGAGGGGCACCUUGUACCAGUCAUGGACCUUCCAUCACACAUCUCAUGUUCUCCCCACCAUGGAUGGCAGGGAAGCUGGAUGACUCAUCUUUACCUUCUAGGGGAAGGGGAGUUGAUGUCAGAAACUUGUAAAUAUGGAACAGGGAUGGGGUAUUCUCAGGAUCUCCUGAACCACUUAAGGCCAGGCUGGUUGUCAGUUCUGUGUCAAGCAGACCUCAAGCCUGUGGCAGGUGCUUCUUAAACUGGAGAGUAAAAUGUCACCAAGUCCCUUCUGCUUUACUCACUAUAUCUGUCACACCAUGUAUUUUAAUGGUUUAUUAUGAUAACGAAAGCACAGUGGGGCAGGGGCUUCUGUCCUUCUGGGAGCCCAGAGCUGUACUUAUGUAGAUACCCAUAAACACCUCUGCGCAGAUCAGUGGGCAUGGGUCAAGCCCCAAGGCUUCUACAGUCCAGUGUGGGAAAGGGGCACUGGAGAGAAACCCUGCAACUCCUCACUUUAAUCUUUCAGUGCCAAACUAGGGAAGGGCUAGCUUCCAUUGACUAAGAGGACCAAAUCAGCAGAA